AUGGGUUGGUUCCCUUGGUCUUCGUCCGAUUCCGCCAGGAAAAAUGCCUCCGACGGCGGUCGCAUAGCUCCAGAUCGGUCAUCCCGACAGCGAUGCUGGGAGGGUCGCGAUCUAUUCUUUUCCUGUCUCGAUGAAAACAAUAUUAUCGAUGCCAUCAAGGAUGACAAGGAAGCCCGACGCAAGUGUGGCAAGGAGAUCGCAGAGUUUGAAUCUGCCUGUUCCAAAACAUGGGUCAAGUAUUUCAAGGAAAAGCGUGUGAUGGAGUACAAUCGAGAUAAGACUAUCGAGCGGAUUAAGAAAGAGGAUGCGGCCAAAGUCCAAGAUCUAAAAGCGCAAGGGUGGACAUCGAAGUGA